ACUCAAUAAUCCUAUGGCUUUCCACCACCUCUAUAAUUGACGAUAAUAUUAACUUUAGUGUAGCAGUCAUGGAAGAGGUCAAUGGUAGCAAAUUUUACUACCUACACAAACUUACUUGUUAAUUCCUCUAAUAACAAUAUUAUAACAUCUCUCAAUUUCAUCAUUUCACCGAAAUGCUGAAGAAUAAUCCUCUUCAUUUUCUCUUCCUCAUGAUCACACUAACUUGUUACGCAAAUGCAUCAUCAACAUACGAUGUAACCGAAUUUGGAGCCAAACCAGAUGGAAUAACGGAUUCCACACAGGCAUUCCUAAACGCAUGGACUAAUGCAUGCGCCUCGCCGUAUCCCGCUUCAAUCUACGUGCCGCGAGGGAAAUUCUUACUUGGAAAUGUAACAUUCAGUGGAACAUGUACCAAUAAAGCUAUUUCUAUAACCAUUGACGGUGCUUUGGUGGCUUCAUCUGAUUACUAUGUUACCGGUAAAGCGGAUACGUGGUUGAAGUUUCAGUCUGUCGACGGUGUUUCGAUCAAUGGCGGUGUGCUUGAUGGCCAAGGGACUGCCUUGUGGAAUUGUAAAAACUCAGCCCAAAGUAAUUGCCCAACCGGAUCCAUGACGUUGAAAUUCAGCAGCUCCAAGAACGUUAUGAUAAGUGGGUUGACAUCAAUGAAUAGUCAACAGUUCCACAUAGGGUUCGUCGGAUGCCAAAAUGUAAUAGUCCAAGGUAUAAAAAUCAAUGCAGCCGGAAACAGCCCAAACACGGACGGCAUCCAUGUCCAAAUGUCGUCCGACAUCACCAUCGCCAACUCCAAAAUUCAGACCGGUGACGACUGUAUCUCCAUCGGUCCCGGCACCACUAAUGUGUGGAUUGAGAAUAUUGCAUGCGGACCAGGCCAUGGAAUAAGCAUUGGAAGCUUAGGAUGGGAAUUAAACGAACCAGGUGUUCAAAAUGUGACAGUUAAAACGGUUAGAUUCACUGAUACUCAGAAUGGUGUUAGAAUAAAGUCUUGGGGUAGACCUAGCAAUGGAAUUGUUAGGAAUGUUCUUUAUCAAGAUGUACUUAUGGUAAAUGUGCAAAACCCAAUUGUAAUUGACCAGAAUUACUGCCCCUACUACACAGGCUGCCCUGGUCAGGCUUCUGGAAUUAAAAUCAGUGAUGUAACAUACCAAGACAUUUAUGGAACAUCAGCAACAAAGGUAGCUGUGAAAUUUGAUUGUAGUUCAAUGUAUCCAUGUAGUGGGAUAAAGUUGAAGGAUGUAAGACUUACCUACAAUAAUCAAGUAGCUUUAGCAUCGUGUGAGAAUGCUGGUGGGGCUGCGUUAGGUUCAAUUCAACCAGAGAGUUGCUUAUAGACAACUAACUUUUUUCAAGCAAAUAUUCUUAAUGGGAUCUCUGUCUAACUUAUAUUAUUGUUUUCAUAACAAAUGUAUUCAGAAGUAUUGGUUGUUUUUGUUCUUACACGAGAC